AAGUCACAAAAGGCAUAUAACGCCGCAUGCAAAUCGCCGAAAUCGACCAACGUCGCCUUGAAACCCUAAAAGAAACUAAAUCCACCAAUGGCGAGAAGAUCCGCUUCCAUCCUCAGUCGUCUCCUGGCGAAUCCGUCUUCUCCUUUAACCGCACCGUCCCGAUCCAUCACCUACAUGCCUAGACCCGGAGACGGAGCCCCACGAACCGUAACCCUAAUUCCCGGCGACGGAAUCGGACCUUUAGUGACCGGUGCGGUGGAACAGGUCAUGGAAGCGAUGCACGCACCGGUGCAUUUCGAACGGUACGAGGUUAGAGGCAACAUGAGGAAAGUCCCUGAAGAAGUGAUCGAGUCUGUGAAGAGAAACAAGGUUUGUCUCAAAGGUGGGUUAGCGACUCCUGUAGGUGGUGGUGUCAGUUCUUUGAAUAUGCAGUUGAGGAAAGAACUCGAUAUCUUCGCUUCUCUUGUCAAUUGCAUCAAUGUCCCUGGCUUAGUGACACGACACGAAAAUGUUGAUAUCGUUGUCAUUAGAGAGAACACUGAAGGAGAGUAUUCAGGACUCGAGCAUGAGGUUGUUCCUGGUGUUGUCGAGAGCCUUAAGGUUAUAACAAAGUUUUGUUCUGAGAGGAUUGCAAGAUAUGCAUUUGAGUAUGCAUAUCUGAACAAUAGGAAGAAAGUGACUGCUGUUCAUAAAGCUAACAUUAUGAAGCUUGCGGAUGGGCUCUUCCUCGAAUCUUGUAGAGAGGUUGCUAAAAACUAUUCGGGGAUUACUUACAAUGAAAUCAUCGUAGACAAUUGUUGUAUGCAGCUUGUCGCUAAGCCGGAGCAAUUUGAUGUUAUGGUGACGCCUAAUUUGUAUGGUAACCUUAUAGCUAACACGGCGGCUGGAAUAGCCGGUGGCACUGGAGUGAUGCCAGGAGGUAAUGUUGGUGCAGAACAUGCUAUAUUUGAGCAAGGCGCAUCAGCAGGGAAUGUGGGUAAUGAUAAGAUAGUGGAGCAGAAGAAAGCGAAUCCGGUGGCUUUACUUCUCUCAUCAGCUAUGAUGCUUAGACAUCUCCGGUUUCCUACUUUUGCUGAUCGGCUUGAGACCGCAGUGAAACAAGUGAUACAAGAAGGGAAAUGUAGAACGAAAGAUCUUGGAGGUGACUGCACCACGCAAGAAGUUGUUGAUGCUGUCAUAGCCGCUCUUGAGUGAAACCCAUGUGAGCCUCUCUGCUUCUUUGUCUUCGUCUUUUUCCAUUCAAACUAAGAGAAAAGUGUUGGUUUCCUCUGUUUUCUAUUGCUAUUGAUUGGUUUUAUAUGUUCAUUUUUCUCUAUUGAUUCAUAUCCGACUUGGUGUUUUGAGCAUUAUUAGCUCUACGGUAACAUAAUACAAUAAAAUCAAUAAAGA